UAAAACUCAAGCAGAACGGAUGCAAAAUUUAAAGUCUCCUUAAUAUUUUUUUUCGUCUUCGGAAAACGUCUUCGUCACUCGUGCAGUAGUGAAUUUAAUCAAUUAACACAAACAAACAAAAAAUUAAUUAAAAAAGUAAUUGAAGAAAUCGAAAAUUUCUCGAGAGCAAAAAUAAAUAGUGCAAACAAACAAAACAAAAACACACGAAGAAAAAAAAAAUUUUUUUGAAAGACUGAAAAAAACAUUGAAAAACAAACUUUUACCACAUGUAAUUCGACCCUGGAUUGAAUUGUGCAUUAAUUCCAAAUCGUCGAAUUUGAAGAAAUUUCGUGUACUUAUCGUGUCGACGAAACAGCUGAACCAUGGCUGAAGCGCAUUCAGCUGUUGCCUUCUCCUUCAGCAUCACGCACGAAGGAUGGGACAUCAACUACGAUCACGAAGUCCUCAACUUGGUAUGGGAAUCUGGCGUGAGAUCAUGGAAAAAACGCUUUGCGCGUUUCAUGAACAAAGUUCACAAUGGCGUGUAUCCCGCACACGUUCACACAAUGUGGCUCGCGUUAUGUGUCGCAAUGGGAAUUCAUUUUAGCGGCUACCGAACGCCUUUUGAUUUAGUAAAUAUCAUUUUGCCGUAUUUGCCGGGACAAACGAUGGGAUGGCAGAUGUUUGCAAGCGGAUUAGUUGGAAUUUUCUUUUGGCUGUGCAUUUGUUACACGAUGCGAUACACGUUGAAGUUGCUCUUCAUGUACAAAGGAUGGAUGUAUGAAGCACGCGGGCCCGGAUCAAAACCGUCGUUAAAGACGAAACUUUGGGUUGUUUUGGUUAAAAUCUUCUUGAAAUGGAAUAAACCGUCGUUGUACAGUUUUCAAGGAUCUUUACCGAGAUUGCCAUUGCCGAGUGUUCAUGACACCCUUGAUCGAUAUUUGCAAUCAGCUCGUCCCUUGUUGGAUGAUGCGAAUUACGAAAGGAUCGUCAAAUUGGCGCAAGAAUUCGAAAAUGGUAUUGCGAAGAAGUUGCAAUGGUAUUUGGUACUCAAGAGUUGGUGGUCAACGAAUUACGUGUCAGAUUGGUGGGAAGAAUACGUUUAUUUGAGAGGAAGAGGCGCAUUGAUGGUUAACAGCAACUUUUACGGAAUUGACGCCAUUUUCAUGCAUCCGACAACUGUUCAAGCUGCUCGUGCUGCGAGUGUUACACAUAUUUUGCUGAAUUUCCGUCGCACUGUUGAACGUCAAGAACUCGAACCUAUCAUGGUACAAGGCCUUGUUCCUCUCUGCUCAUGGCAAUAUGAACGAAUUUUCAACACAGUUCGCGUUCCGGGAAGAGAAACUGACAAAAUUGUGCAUUAUCCUGACUCGAAUCACAUUGUUGUCUUAUACAAAGGAUGUUAUUACAAAAUGAUCAUUUAUCACAAAGGAAGAAUUUUGAAGCCCUGUGAAUUACAAAUUCAAUUCGAGAACAUUUUGGCAUCGAAAGCAACUCCUCUCGCAGGCGAAGAACGCGUUGCAGCACUCACAGCAUGGAAUCGUACAAAAUGGGCUGAAACACGAGAAACUGUCUUCAGUAAAGGCGUCAACAAAACCUCAUUGUAUCUCAUUGAAAGUGCAGCUUUUGUCUUGUCACUCGAUGAAGAGCCAUACGAAUUCGAUCUUGAACAUCCCGAGAAACUCGAUCAUUAUGGCAAAGUUUUGUUGCAUGGAAAUGGACACAACAGAUGGUUCGAUAAGAGUUUCACUGUGUGCAUUGGUACAAAUGGGCGUGUUGGAUUCAAUGCGGAACACACUUGGGCUGAUGCAGCUGUCAUGUCCCAUGUUUGGGAAUCGAUGGUUAUGGAAGAGUCGGAUUCGUCACGGGGCGACGCUGUGGUUAUGGGGCACACGGCGGAAGAAGCCGUUGGCGAUUCUUGUCUUAAGGAAUCAUAUGAUGAGAAUGGCAACACAAAAGGAACUCCUGAAUUUGAACCUCCUGUUCCGACGAGAUUGUCAUGGGAUUUGAACAAUGAGAAGACAUUAGGAUUGAUUCAAGAAGCUUACGAUGAAGCACAAAUCUUGCUUAAUGAUGUUGACUUAAGGAUCUUAGUUCACAACCAAUAUGGCAAAGGAUUUAUGAAGACAUGCAAACUUUCGCCUGAUGCGUAUAUCCAAAUGGCAUUGCAAUUGGCUUAUUAUAGAGAUGCGGGCAAAUUUUCACUCACAUACGAAGCAUCGAUGACGAGAUUGUUCCGUGAAGGUCGUACAGAAACGGUUCGCCCUUGCACUAUUGAAUCUGCGGCGUGGGUUAAAUCCAUGGAAGAUCCUAAUUCGACGACUGAAGAACGCGUUGCCCUCUUGAAAAAAGCCUCAUUGCGUCAUCAACGCGGAUAUCAAGAUGCGAUGUGCGGAAAAGGAAUUGACAGACAUCUCUUCUGCUUGUAUGUCGUCUCGAAAUACCUCGAAGUUGAUUCGCCCUUCUUGAAGGAAGUUCUCAGCGAACCAUGGCGCUUGUCGACAAGUCAAACGCCUCAUGGACAAACAAACAAAAUGGACCUGAAGAAAUAUCCGAACUGCAUUAGUGCGGGAGGCGGCUUUGGACCUGUCGCAGAUGAUGGAUAUGGCGUUUCGUACAUCGUUGCGGGCGAAGAUUUGCUCUUCUUCCAUAUCUCAUCGAAAAAAUCAUGCGAAAAAACUAGUUCCGAGGGCUUUGCUCAACAAAUUUGCAAGUCGCUGGCUGACAUUAGACUGCUAUUUGAGGACUAUAAACGUCUCCAAAACAAACCAAUUGCCAACGGAUCGAGCAAAUAACUGCAAUAGUACGUGUGAAAUUAGUGAGAGAAACAAAAAAAAAUGUUUUUUUUUUUGAAGAGACUGUCAAGCAUGAAAAACAUCAAACGACAAUGAAUCUUCGUCGUCAGAUAAUUAAGUCAUUUAACUCCUAAUUUAAUAUUUUUGUUAAUUUUUAAGGGAAUUCUGUUUUUGUUGUUGGUUUGUUUCUAUAGAAAAAAAAAUAAUUUUUUAUUAGGAUAAUUAAGUGACUCGUAAUUUAAGGCAAAAUUUUCUCCCAAUCAACUACUCGUUAACUACUAAAAAAAAUGUAACUGAAUUAAAAAUGUGAACCAAUUUUGUGCAAAAAAAAUGCAAUGAGGCGUCGAUGCCAAUCAACAGAGAUUUUAUCUAUCAACGACAAAUUUUAACUUCCGAAAAUAAAUUUUGAUAUACUUUUUCACAUUUUACAAACAAGGUUUUCCAACAAAAUACUUAAAAACUUAAAUAAUUUAUAGAAUUGUAUUUACAAUAUUUACCAUGAAACGAAAAAAAAGUCACGCAAAAUGAUAUUUUUAAGUAACAAACUGAAAAAUUUUAAAGUGAGAAAUAAAGAUAUAAUUAUAUAAAAGAAAA